AUGGGCUCAGCCCCAUGGUACAAAGAGAAAUUGCCUUCAAAGUGCUUUCAAGAAUACAACAAUAAACUGAAGUUCUCAGAUUCCUUGAACAGCCAGCAUUGGAGAUUUUUGAAAAGUGGCUUGGAUGACUUCAGAAAUGGUUUCCCUCCUCCAUCUGACAACAUUAUUAUCCGUGGCACAAAGGGGCCUUUCCCAGUUAUUCUCCAUAAAGACACACCUCAAGCUUCAUCUAUGGCCCAGCAGAAGGCCAGGAAACCAUUUAAUAAACACCCAUGCAAGCUCAAUCCAUUGCAGAAAUACAGAAGGGAUUAUGUUGCACAGGCAGAACACUGCUCAAGUCAGGACCCGCUGGUGCUCUACCCUCAUCUUAAAGGAAGUGUCUCCCCAAAGAUUUUUCAAGAGGUUGUAGCUGUCCUGGACCCCAAGAUGUGCUUGAGUUUUGAACCUGGGUAUAGAGAUCAUGGACAGGAAAGUCAUGGUCUUCAGAAAGAGAAGUCCCCGUUGAAGGAUGGGCAAAGGAAAGAAACUAUCCCAGCCCCCAAGUCAUCAGCACCAAGCAAAGAAUCCAAAGACAAGAAUCCAUACAUAUGGUUUUCCAAGAAAAAGACAACAGCAAGAGAGAAUGCAGCCAGGCUGCAAUAUGUUCCUCCCCUGGAUGAGAAUGUAAAGCAAGUAACCAAGGAGUUUUGUGAUUGGGCAUCUUCUUUGGGAGGUGAUAAGCAUAGCAUUGAGGAAGAUACUCUUACGUCCCUGUUUGACACUGGAUACGAAACCCACCCCAUGAUCUCUGUGCCCAUACAGGUGGUGGAGAUAAACAAUGUGCCACCAGAGCUGAAAAGGUGUCUGGGGGUUUCAUCCUCUUGGACAGCUGUAAAGAGUCCUCUAAAGGACUCUUAUCAGCCCAAAUUUGAGAAGAUUAAGUAUGGUGCCUGGUACCUUAACCCCAAAACAUGGAAAAAACAGAAAGCGAAUGAACCUUUAAUGGAUCCAAAAGCAACCAUUGAUAACUUUCAACAGUUAAGGAAGCAGUUUUGUGAAAAGGAGGCAGAGGUUAUGCAGCUCCAUGGAACACAUGCUUUUAAGGAGUUCCUUGAAAGAAAAGGCUACAGGAAGCCAGAGGUUAGACAUGGCCCAGAGGCCAAACAGUGUGACAGAAAGCCCCUGAAAGCCCCUAAAUCAGUCAUCUCCAAAGGAAAGUGGAGAGAUGAGCGCAAAAAAAUGAAGACAAAGAAGUGGCAGACAAUGAAAGGAGGAAGAAGCCAGGCUAGAAAAGCUGCAGCAGGAGCUGGAAAGAAGGACAAAGAACAAGGGUUGUUCCUCCCCUACAUUUUUUCUCCUGCAGAUGCUGGCUGUAGGCAGCAGGACUGGAGCACAAGAGCGGACUUCAUGCCAUGCUAAAGAGAUUCCAAGGGGCAAGAAGAGGGUUUUCCUUCAUGCACAUUAACUAAUGUAGGCCCCUUGUGUUGUUAAUUUAUCCUGUUUCUUCUAAAUAAACCUUUCAAGGAUGGCUCCUUUCCCAGA